AUGACGUACUGUCAAACCUCAACCAUAACCUAAACCUACAUCAACAACUUCACAAUGAAACCUCUUAUCGCCUUAACAGCUCUAUUCAGCCUAACAUCCUCCUCCCAGUCUCCCCUCCGCGACAAUCAAGCACCACUCCCCAAACCUCCCAUCCCUCUAAAAGGCCAUCUCCCUCUAAUGUCCUCCAACCCGCCCUCCGUCCAACCCUCCGUCGCCCUCGGCGACAUCCUAGGCUCCAACCGCGGUCUAACGAGCUUCUCAUCAUUCGCGCGCAUGCAGCCAUCCACCGAUACAAGACUAAGCGAUUUAUCUACGAACACUACUGUUCUUGCGCCGCUUAACUCAGCUGUUGAUGCGCUACCGCGCAAACCGUGGGAACAAUCUGCUGAUUACAAUAAUUUUGGGGCUGAUGCGUAUGAGGGUGAUGGGGGGCAGGAUAGGGCGAGGGAGAAUAUGAGACGGUUUGUGGAGGCGCAUCUUGUGCCUGUUAGUCCGUGGGAGAAGGGGGAGAAGAGUAAGACGCUGGGAGGGAAGGAGAUUUGGUGGGAGGUUAAGGAGGGACGGAGGGUUAUCAUGCCUGAUGAGGUUGAGGUUGAGAGGGUGGCUAGUCAGGUUGGGAAUGGGGAGCUGUGGAUUCUGAAAGGAGUUUUGAACUACGCUUAGAUAGACACCGUUUGAUGGGUACAGACAGAUACACGAAUAAUGAUAGAUUAAUGCUUAUGCAAGUUUGGAUACAGCUAGAUAUUUGCGCAAGAGGUCGGGAUACUUUCGCUACAGGUAAUGGCGCUUAGGAUAAUACACGAGGUUCAAAGAGAUCACCACA